AUUUGUAAAUCUAAGAGUUCCCCUUGGCAAGCCAAAGAAGGAGCGGUUAUGGGUGAGAUUAUAGAUGAAAAUGUUUUGUCUGAAUGUAUUCAUUUCAUGAUGAUUUUCACCGACAUAAAAUUUGCCAUUUCAUAACAAGGUAUGACAACAAUCAUAAGAAGUUUUCAUGUGAGUAACUUGCCUGUAUCAAAUUCCGAUUCAUCAUCUUCACCAAAAUUUCAAAUGUUUGUCAAGGUAAGAUAAAGCUUUUAACCCAUUAUUUAUAGCUUGUAAUUGAAGUUAGGUACAACUGUUUAAACCCUGGACAAAGUAGGAAUCAUUGACAUGGAAACAUUGUAUCCUAGCCCAGAUUUCUCAAGAUGGGCGAACCAUGCAUGUAACUAUGUUUCCUAGCCAUGAUUUUCCUGAGGGUGGGCAAACCAGGAAACUUUGUUUCUACAACAAAAACCACACAUGCUUAUGAAAAAGACGUGUUAACUUUCUGAAUUUGGGAAGAACAUUAUUUCAACAACAUUGUACCAUAUCCUCUAGAUUAUAUUUCAUAUUAGUAAUGUUGUUCUUAAUUUGUUUUAGUUUGGUAAAGAACAUUUGACAAAACUGCCAGAAUUCAUCACAGAUUCACUUUAUACUGUGGUAUUUUCCUUGCUUGCUCAUCCUCAACUGAGCAUUCGAGAACACGCUUCAAAAGCAUUUACCUCCAUUUUGUCACGUUCAGAAUCGCAGGUAAUUGUUACAUUUUGAAUGUGUCAGAGAAAUGAUACACUGUAUAACAUAUUUUUUUGGGCAACCAGUAGCCAAACUUUUCAUCACUGGUAACUAUUUUUAUUAAUUACUUGUGUUUAUUUUGUUUUCUGUUCCUGCCAGUACAUCGAGAAGUCAUUUCGUCAAGUGAUCAUCCAUCUCUGCAAGGGAACUGAUGUUGAUAUAAACAACCAAAAAUACGAAGUAUGUGCAUCAGAUUGUAAUAUCUCUUAAAAUGAUUAUGUAAAUUUUGUAACAUCAUGACAUAUUCAUUGUUUGGUAAAUUUUCCCCACUUCCCUGAUUCAUCAAUGCUGUUCACUUUAUUUCAGAAAUUACCUCAUCAUGCUGUUCUGCGCGAGGAUUUCACAUUUCUUGAUGCGUAUGAAGCCCAAGGUCUUUUAGAAGUCAGCAUUUUUCUUAUUAAGGUACAUGAUCUGACUAUACAAUGGCUCGUUUAUUUGUGUGUGUUGUUCAUGUAAUAUUAAAACAAGUAAUAACAAAUUGUUCGUUUUAAUUUGUGUUUCAUUUUUAGCGCAUCCCAGUUAAUAUUCUUAUGGAACGUUGGCCGCUGUAUUUCUCAACAUUUAAUUUGUAUUUGAUGCAUCCUGCAUCAACAGUUAGACAAGCGAGCAGUGUGGUGUUUAAAUAUUUAGGUAGGUACUGUAUAGCUCUAUCAAUUGCAAACUAUUAUCCCUAGAAGUGAAGUAAGGGGCAUCCCUUGACCCUUAUCGCUCCAAUAUUACUAAAAUGGAGGAUUAGGAAGUGUUAAACAGUGUUAAACAGUCAGUUCAGUGUUAAACAGUGUUAAACAGUCAGUUCAGUGUCAAACAGUCAGUGUUAAACAGUAGAAUUACUUAAUAUGUAAAAUUCAUAUUGUGAUCACAGAAACUUGAAUAGGACGGUAGGACCCAUUGCACAAGACGUCACAGCGCCGGUGACGAUGCAUCUGGAGGACAAUUUACAAUAACUUUUGUAAACAAAGCAAAUUUUGUAUAACUUCUAUAAUAAUUUUGUAUUAAAAUGGUUAAUUUUUGCGCCGUAAGUGGUUGUUGUACCCGAACAGAUAUUGUUAGGGAGCAUCUGGAGGACACUCUAAGGAUUUGUGACGUCAGUGCAAUGGGUCUAUAGUGUAACCAGGCUAUAGAACGGUUGUAAAGCCACCUUGCCAAAUGCUUGCCCUCGGCCAUUCUGCCAUUGAAAAAAUAUUUUGUGUUCAAUAUAUAGACCACAGUAAGACUUUUUUAAUUGUGUUUAUUGAAAAAAUAGUUAUCAGAGAUUCCUUUCGUUUGUUAGUAACCAAGGACAGUAGUUCUCCAAGUAUUUUGAAACUUGUUUUACAAUGUUUGUGUGAACAUUGGAGGACUACCUCGACGCCAGAUCAAGAUAUUGGAAUUAAAAAGGUACAGUGUACUUCUAAACAUCAUCUUCAGCCUGAAAAGUCGGACAAAUAGUUCAAGACAAGGAUAGUCAUUUUUUCAAGCGUUCUACAGGCCCAUUUCCACUCGGGAAAAUUUUCCGCAAGAAAAUUUUGUAAAAUGUGAUUAGGCGACACGAAUUUUCCGUCGGAAAAAAUUUUGAAGUUGAAAAUUUUCAACUUUUAAUAAUGAUAUUUUCGGAGAAUUUUCUGUCCCUGGAAAUUUUUCUUGAGUGGAAAUGGGCCUUAAUUAACAUUGUCCGUUGAUUGGUCUUAACCAGAUUUGAUAACUGGGUAUUGCGAGAGAUACAUUCCCUGGUUCCAGAGGUUUAUUUUUAUUAUUUUCAUUGCGAAGGGGAGAGGAAAAAUAAACCUCUGGUUGAAAGCGGCAAUUGAUUCAUCGAGCCGCGCCAAUCGGUUUGAAUUAGGGUCAGAUCCUUACUCUGUCUCCUGAUUGGAUGAUUGUAUUAAAGCUCUCUGAUUGAUUCAAAUAAAACAUCUAUAACCAAUCAGAGAGCUUUAAUACAAUCAUCCAAUCAGGAGACAGAGUCAGGAUCUGACCCUAAUUCAAACUGAUUGGCACCUCUGGAACCAGGGUAAGAGAUACAGUACAACUCUCUGAAAAAAGCAAGCAGAACUUUUUCAGGUAGUUGAUCAUGUAUAGUAUCUCUCACAGUCGUUAUAGAUUUAGUUUCACAGUUCGCAGUUAUCGUUAUAGAUUAGCAGUUAUAUAGAUUUAGAAUACUAGAUCAGACAAAACUUUAGUAUUUAUAAAUUGAAGAUUUUUGCUAUUAAUUAUAAGAUCCAUAUCCGUAGUUUUAUUGCUUUCCAACCAUUUUACAACGGUUGAAAAAAUCACCAUCCGGUAGAUAACGCUAUCCGAUCUUCUUACAACCAGUCCCACUAUAAUUUGAUUAUCCAAUUGCAAUUUUUGCCAUUUUGUGACAUACUGUGAGUGACUUGAUGGAUUUCUGCAUCCACUUUCUAGAGAUUACAUUGUAAACAGAAAAUUUCCACCCACACUUGCUCUGAUUGCCAGGAAUAUUGUUCGGAAACGUGUCCAACUACAUCGAAAUGUAAACGACCAAGUAUUAAGGCCAUAAACAAAAUAAUCAGAGGUUUGUAGAUUUUAUCUUCUUUAUAUGGUAGAAAAAAUAGUUAAAUGACUGUAAUAAUGGUUAUUGUGACUUCACGUUAACCAAGGUCGAUGCACUCUCCUUUAAUCUGGACUUAAGAAUUCUGGCGUUAGUGUACAGACGACUCCAAAAAUAAUAUGGAGACUGCAUGUGGAGAUUGUAGCUGACAACUCGAAAGACCGUGGAGCUACAAUUGUGGUCAGAUGUUUGUGGAACGCGCGCUUAUAUUUUAGGCACAUGCAAGACUUGCUCAUUUGUGAUAUACUUAACAACGAAAAUCAACUUCCGCCUCCCCCCCCCCCCUUCCAAUGUUGUUGUUGUGGUUAAUGCAUUUGCUUGUGUCAUUACUUGACCAAUACAAAUAUGCACCCAUACAACAUUGAAAGAGGGGAGGGGGUGAUGUUUAAGUUUAAAGGCAAGAAGUACAUGCAAUCGAACUCUUCGUUCCAUAAUAUCUGACCAUGAUUGUAGUUAGCUAAGUCUGGAGCUGUGCUGGAAUAGACUCGGCUCCGUUCGAAGAUUGACUGUAUCCACAAAAAUAGAAUCUACAAGCAUGGUCCAGGAUCCGCUACUGUUCCCUGCAACACAUAACAAGAAUUAAAAAUUAAACGUUUUUUUUUAAUUUGUUGGUUUCUGUUUGUAGGUGUGCAUGAAGAAUUAUUUGAAUACUCGCUGUCGUCAACGUGGGAAUGGCGAGAGGGGCGUCUAUUUGCGUACGAACUGAUUUUAAAAUAUCUGAUUGCUAACCACAUUCACUAUGUGUUUCCAUCUUAUGCAUUUUCGUAUUCACCCCGUCAAGCCUCGUGCUCUGUUGAUGAAGCCAUGUUGAAAAGGUACGAAGAAAGUCUACCGUAUAUUCACAUAGUAUAACCACAGGAUAGACGCCAUGAUUCGCAAUGAUUGAUGAUUCGUCAUCAAAAUGCUGUUACCAUGUUCCUAGCCAGUGCACUUACGGGAGGCAUUCACCCCCCUGAACGUCCGCCAUUUUGAAUAAUUUUCAGGGGGUAAAUGCCUCUUGUAAGCGCAGUGACUAGGAACAUUGCUAGCACUGCAACGGUUACGUCAAAAUCAUAGGCGAAGCCAAGAAGUUGGACUUCUGUAUGGUCUCUAUUCUGUUGUAAAACAACCUCUCGCCUUCGGCUCCAGCUUGUUUAUCUGAUACAACACAGCCGCUCAUGCUGUAUGUACCUGUUUACUUUGCAGAACCCGAGGUCUGUAUAGUCAGCAUUCCGCACCAACUUACACGGGGAGAGAUUCCACCUGUUCUCUACCAGCAACGACCUCUAUGGAAAUAUUGGUAAUUUUUUGCACAUUUGCAUUUUUAUCGCGAUUAUUAAGUUUUGUACAGUAAAAAUAUCUAAGAUGGGUGAAUAGACCUUUCCCCUUAUGAGUGAAAUUUUGAUCUAGAUAUGCCUGGACAAAAAUUUCAUCACAGCUUGAAAGAGCAUCACAAAAUUAGUAAUAUUCCGAAGUUUCGUUGCGAAAUGUUGUAAAAUGUGGAUAAUAUAGCCUUGCGAAGUUUGCCGUUUUACAAAUGGGAAAUUGAUAAUCAGAUGAUCAAACCGAUUACCAAUUUCCCGUGCGUAAUACAAAAUGACUGAAAAACGGCAAACUUCGCAGGGCUAUAUUAUCCGCAUUUUACAACAUUUCGCAACGAAACUUCGGAAUAUCACUAAUUUUGUGAUGCUCUUUCAAGCCGUGAUGAGAUUUUUGUCCAGACUUGUCUAGAUCAAAAUUUCACUCGAAAGGGAAAAGGUCUAUUUAUCAUAUAAAAAUAUUUAAUUAUAGGAAGAGGCGAUUGUCUCUGGACGAUGCAGUGCUCCUGGCACAAGGAAGGAAGAGGUAUAUAGCGCACUCCCCAUAUUUCGUUUUUCCGUACAUGAAGUGUUAGUACAUACAGUACAAUGGUAACUCCAAAGACGGUAAAGAUUUUGAAAAGUGUUACCAAUGAUUAAGUAUUACUUAUAUUUCAAAGUUCUAUUGUAUUGUAUUUAAUUAAAAUACUCGGUGGUUCCUGCAAUUUCAAGUGUUAAUACUUAACUACGGUAUGAACUUUUUGUUAAGGUUGAAACAUUCAGUUCCAAUGAGAAGUAAGUACAUCUAAAUUGCUAUACACAUGCAUACAAACAUUUCUCAAAUCACUUCCCAUGCAUCAGGGCUUUCUGUGACUGAAGACCCGUUUACACUUGCAAUCUUCGCUGCCAUUUCUAGUGCGAGUUUCUACUUCUGAUGCAUGUGAACGAGUAGAUGAAUACAGGGUUCGUACGGGUCCUGGAAAACCUGGAAAGUCAUGGAAUUUCUACAUUCCAAAAUCCAGGCCUGGAAAUCCUGGAAAAUUAAUUUUGGUCGUGGAAAGUCAUGGAAAAUUGAAAUUUUACAUAACAUUAACAAAGUAUUUUACUUAUUUCAAUUUACCAGUCAUAACAGUAUAAUAUGAAUUGCUGUUAUAUAACGGAUUUUUGCAAGAGCGAAGUGAAUUUUGUCUUUUAUUAUAUCUGUUAUCGUUAAAAUAUUAACGAAUUUCAGAAAUUCCAGACUUCCAGGUCAUGGAUUUUGAAAAAAAGGUCAUGGGAAGUCAUGGAAAAGUCAUGGAAUAGUCAUGGAAUUUUAAAUGGGAGAAGGUGUACGAACCCUGUGAAUAAUAAAUGUUCAGAUGAAGGUACACAAACUCAGAACAUUCGUAAUUCAUCUACUCGUUCACAUGCAUCAGAGGACGAAAACCGCAGUAGAAAUCGCUGCAAAAAUUGCAAAGUGUAAACAGGCCUUUACGUUCAACAUUGUGAUUCAACUUUCCCCCUCUUUUAGUUCACGAAAGCGUACAUCAUCGUUCACUAAGCCUGAGUGUCCUUCGCCACGUCUUGUUCGACAGUCUACGGUUGGGGUGAUUUCUUCAAGAAGCAUGCACUCACCAACUUACAAGAAAUACAGCAAUACAUACUUCGUACGUAUAUUUUACUUUUAUAUACCUCUCAUCGUGUAUAUAUUAGGGAGUUUUUAAAGCUUCACGUUUCCGGGAACGGCAAACGGCAGGUUCGAACUUUCUUGGCAAAAUUUUCGUUGAACGUUUUCGUUUCAUAUUUUCUUUCUUGAGUCGAAAGAAUAAUCAUGCAUUGCAAUUUUAAAACAGCAAGUUCACUUAUUCUUUAUUGCCUGAUAUCGUAAAGUUUUUCUUUGCUUGGCGUUUGCCGUUUGACGUAUAACGCAAAGCUUAGGGGCACAGUUCAGCCUUUUGAAUGAUGGUUUUUAAGGCGCAUUUCAGCCCUUUUAAUUGAAAAAAACUAACUAGGAAAAUCAAUUAAGCAUAAUUUAAGAUCACCAAACUCAAUGUUUUUAACAUUUUAAAACAUUUUUAUUGUUAAAAACAUUGAGUUUACUGAUCUUGAAUUAUGUAUAAUUGAUUUUCCAGUUAGUGUUUUCAAUUCAAAAGUCUGAAUUCGCUUUUGAGAAUUUACACCCAUGGGUCUAAACAGCGAUUUGAUUUUUAGGCCGACUCAAUGAUAAAUAAAGCAAAGUUAAUGGAUCAAACAGAGGUAACCUGGUUAUCAUUUGCAUUUCAUCAUAACCCAACCUCGUUCCCAGGGUUACACAACGGAUUUCUAUUGGGAAAAAAAGCAAUUAUACAGUAUUGCUGUACACAUCUGAUCAAUUGUUUGUCGUAUUUUUGAGUAAUUAUUUCGUUUAACUUUUAGCCUAAAAGAACAAAAAAGAAAAGUACAACGUCGCCGCAUGAGAAGUAACAUUUUAAUCUCACUAUAAUUAUUGGAGCUUGACAAUCCAUAUUUUCAUCAUCAAUAAUGUUUUGAUUUGAUUUAGGUUAACGAAAGGUGAAAAGGAUGGAAUUUGGAUUACGUCGAUACAUUUUGAUUCAUUUCAUAAAAUAUUAACACAGGUAAUCAUUUUACACUCGUGAGCGAAUGAGUUGAUAGUAAGGAUAUUAUAUGUAUAUGAUUUUUUCUGUGUUGGUGUAAUGUACUCAGGUGAAUAUGAUGCUUGUGAUGUUAUUCUGAGUGUAUAUCCACACCGGGCAAGCUUUUUUCAAGCUUGCCCGGUGUGGAUAUACACUCAGAGUAACAUCACAAGCAUUAUAUGUAUAUGUUUUUCUGUCAGUCUGAUUGUAUGUUUUAUGUGGUUGUUUGUUUAUUGUUUAUUGUUUUGUCUGAAAUAUGGUUGAUGAAUUUCUUGUAUUGGUUUUUCGCAUGUUGUAGAUAUUAUAUCAAACAAUUGAAUGUCUUGAAGACACUAGAUGGGAGCUGCGAAGAAUGAGUCAACAGGUAUUCACAAAUUAAAACCUAGAAAAAUCCAUCUGUCCCACACGGGGCUUCAAACCCCCAAUACACCAACUUAACUUGGUAUAUACAAUUGGCAGAUUGCCCAUUUCAAUGUUUAUUUACACUUUUAACAGCCUUUCGUGAUAUUCACGGAACAAUGCAUUCUGAUCAACAUGACAAUGAAACCGAAAUAUUGCAUCUCUCAAAAGUUAUUCUAUUCUCAUUAAUUUUAUUAAUCUUUUUUCUGUUAGAUUUUACCUCUAAUAACGGAAAGUAUUCGCUGGUUCGAUAUUUCCAUUCUCGAAGACUUUUGGUCCCAGUAUUUAUCACGUGAUAGUCCGUUGUUUUGCUACAGUGGCUGUAUUGCUUUGAAAUAUUCCAUUUCGCAUGCAGGAAAAUUGCGACAGUUUAUUGAUCAACCGCCAGCCACGUGGAAGGUAUUGUAAGGUCUGCUGGAUACAUGUACUGUAGUUGUUUAAUUGGCUGUUUGCAGGCUACUGUUUUUAUGCCAUUUCUAUAAGUGUCUAAUAGGCAUAUGGCUGUGUAUGUCAUGUAUAGUUAGACUUGGCAGUUACACAUGAUAACCGGAUAUGACGUCAUUAAUAAUUGCAAGUUAGCUUUUGUUUUUUUUGUCACAAUUCUGUUCUUACCGUAAUUCAGUAUUGAAGUAUAUAGUAUACCUAGACAUGUCUCUUUAUGUCAUGUGCUGGCGAUCACUGAUAAAUAUUGAUAUUAAUUGAUAUAAUUAUACCGUAAUUAUUCAGGAUAUUGAAAGCUGUUGCAGUUCAGCCAUGAGCGUUUUCUGUUCUGUCAACAAUGGACUUCAAGUUUGGAUGCCUAAGGUAUUGAAAGUUCCUUUAUAUCCCCGUGGUUGCAUCAUCCGUUGAUCUACCUCCUCAAUUAAGCCACACUGGAAGGAAACCACAGCAAAACGACAAACAAGCCGCAGCCUACCAUUCCACUGAAAGCGAUGCUACUGUACACGGAACUAUUUUUAACGGCGAUUUGUGUACAAAUUAUGUUCGUGGUUGUCUUGUGUAACAUCAUCGAAUCACAGCCUUAACCCUAAAUCACAAUCAAGCCACAACUAAACGGUCCCACACGGCAUCCGCAGUUAGUUUAUGCACUGCUAAUUAUUAUAUGUGAUUCUAAAUUUCAGAUCACCAGUUUGUUACGAAAUGUUUCAAUGUACGAUAGAAUUACUGUGAGCGCAAUGGAGGUUCUUUUAACAAGACAGGCGUUCCUGCCUUUGGACUCACAUUCGAAAGAGGUUUGUUACAGAUAACAACGGGUAUAGAGCUGGGUACUACACCUGCCCAUAUUUUAGAUCUUUUUAACCAUUCACCUUAGUAUGAGUGGACUGUUUUUGUUGUAAAUCAGAUCUCAUAUGAACACGCUUUUUGGGAGGAGAUAUUCGUGAUGUCUUUGGAAUUGUUUUAUCUAGAAACAUUUAACAGAUGCGACAAUAUGUGACGUCAUUACUUCAUUAUUUCUCAAAGCUCAUCCGGAUAGUCAUUGCGGUAAGUUUUGACCAGCCAUGGUGGUAAGUUUUGACCAGCCAUGGUGGCAAGUUUUUGACCAGCCAUGGUGGUAAGUUUUGACCAGCCAUGAUGGUAAGUUUUGACCAGCCAUGGUGGUAAGUUUUGACCAGCCAUGGUGGUAAGUUUUGACCAGCCAUGGUGGUAAGUUUUGACCAGCCAUGGUGGUAAGUUUUGACCAGCCAUGGUGGUAAGUUUUGACCAGCCAUGGUGAAGCUUCUAUGAAAUUAAUUUAAGCUUACCGUCAGUUCAAGAUGUAUAUUUUUUAUUUCAGCACCGUCGUUAAAAAAUUCUCGUUCACUUCAUUCAAACUGGGAUCGAAAGCUGGUUUUCCCAACUGAUGAAUUUUCAUGGUAUACCUCUUCUGUAGCUUUGCUAAUUUUCUAUAAGAACAUCCUGGUUUAAUAUUUCCUGCUUGUUCUAAAACUAACACUGUUUGGAUUAAUGUUCUUGCUUUCUGUUGCAGUCUCUCUUCGAAAGAACUAACAUUGCCAGAACAAGCACGUCAGGUAGACUAUUUACAUAAGUUUAUGAAAGUUUAUUGUUUAUGCCAUAAUUUGAUGGAUAUUGUCUUGUUUUCUUGUAGGCUGAACGUUUUCUAUUCCUUGAGCUCCAUAAUUUAAUCGCUCAGUUUCUCGGAAGUUGCAGAUUAGACGUACAGGUGAUGAAAUGUUUCUGGUUUAAAAUGACCUUCGAACUGUACUCGUCAAAAGUAGAAAUCUUGGCAACGAAUAUAUUUACUUUAAUAGGUCGUGAUGAUGCCAAUACUAGUUCAUUCUGUUCACUCAUUCUGUGACGAUACAACGAUAUCUCAUUCCUUAAUAUUCAGGUUAGUCGCACGUAUAUUUCUUCUACGAGAUUGUUCUCACAUGCCCAGCGAAAUUGAUGAUGUAGCCCGCGUGCAGGUCCUCCAAGGGAAGAAUAGGUGGGCCUGCACGCGGGCUAUUGAUGGUGGGGAGCUAUUAUUAGCUAAGCUGCUGUGUCAACUGUGAGAAAACAACAUUAAAUGAAUUUUGUAAUAAUCGUCAAAUGAAUUUUUCUAGUAUAACGAAAGUUGCAGACAGCCUUCAAGAGAAAAUGAGUUCAAAAGAUAGUAAACAAAUGUAAGUAUACAAAGGAAUCGCUUUGAAGAAUUGAUCUGCAUUGUUCCUUCUAACAAUCACAAGCGCUGAAACCUUUACUAGCAACGUUUUACUAUAUGAUAAUUAAUCACUGCAUAUCAUCAUAAUUUUAUACUGCAAUCUUGGACAAAAAAAGUUGAGAAUUUUGUAAGAAUUAUCACCCAUACUCUAUUGUUUCCUCUUGAUGUACAGUUUAUCGACUCCCCCCCCCCCCCCAGUUCAACGUUAGAUAUCAAACAGAGAAAUGAGCCCGUCUGUCAUCAACAUUGAUUUGGAGGGGUGGGGUUAUUUACAUUUUUAUUUAAUUUUUUUAUCAAUUACAGAGGAAAAACAAAAAAUUCUCAACAAUAUUGUCCAAGAUUGUGGCAAUGAGAAAGUGCUAAUAUUCAGUAAUUUGAUCGUUUCCUAGGGGCAAAAGUUAUGCUGUUCAGUUUCUGGACUUGGCAAUAUGGGAAUUCAGUUUCCUGAUUACGCAAAGAGUAAGUUUCCCUGACCUUGUAUAUAUACAAGAACAAUCCUUCAAUCCUUCGUAUUUUAUAUUUGGUUUAUUUUUGUUUUUUUUGCAGAGUAUUGACCUGGGCGUGUUAAAGCAACUGCAAGAAAUAUUUCUGACGGUUUUUAAACACAUUGAUAAACCGGGUCAUUUGAAAGAUCUUUUUCAGGCUGUUAGCACAAGAUUAAAUUAUGUGAGUAGGGUAUUAUGUAACUACUAAACUAUAUCAUCUAUCACUUCUUAACUGUUCUUCCUCGAGGUUCAAGAAAGGGCCAUCAUGCACUUACAGUAUUUGCAAAGCCAUCACUUACAGUAUUUGUCUAGUGUUACAUCACGAGAAAACCUGUGGUGUUUCAUACAGUCUUAAGAAAUUUUUCGCUCAAUUUCUUUUGAAUUGUUGAGCGGUCAAGUAGAACUGAUAUAUUCGGAUGGUCACAAUUCAAAAGAAGCCAAACGAAAUAUUUCUCUGUAAGUGGAAAUCCUCUCUAACUGGAAGCACUCUUCUUGACAUAUGCGAUUGAGACAAAAUUAUACGAAAUACUACGAAACAACAAAACUUUAGCUGGGACCAACAUAAUCUACGUCAUUGAAAACGAAUCGAGCUAGAGUGUGUGACGCAGGCUAGAAACAACAACAAUCUCGUUGUUUUCAGCAACGGUUGAAUUCAUGUGAGAUGCUUUAAUACUCAGACAUACCAUCAUUCGAAUUAGGAACCAGAUUUAGUGCGUUUAAUGAACACGGAGGAAGACGAGGACAAUGAUGUAUCUUGGUCUGAACUACAACUGUUAUCCAACGAUAUCCCUACAAGUCCAGUUCCGGAAUCUCCCUUGCUUCAAGAUGAUAGUGAUGAUGACGAUUUACAAGGUAAGACAGUGCCGUCGUUGGCAUCUAGAUACAACUGAAUCAUAGAUUAAGUAAGAACAGAUGUGUAACUUCAGUAAAAAAGUUGUCCCACGGUCGCCAUCUUCCUAGCAAGUGUCGCUCGCGUGAUUAUUCGUCAAUUUCGAUCCAAGAAAGCCGCAAUAAAAUGCAAAAGUUCAUGUUUUCCAGGACGCCAUCUUCCUAGCAAGUGUCAUGGCGUGAGCAUGACGUGUACAUCUAGGGAAAUUUGAGGACACGAAUUCCUAUUAAGUUACGCAUCUGGUAUAUACUUAAUCUGUGACUGAAUGUUGAAGGCUUUUUGUAGUUGCGAAUUUCGUAGAUGGAAAUUAGGCCCUCUGGCAGGAAUCGAAUCUGCGGCUCUGCGAUUCCGGUGCAGUGCUGUAGCCAACCACAACUAUAUAUAGAGUGCUGUUGUCAACCAUAAGUAUAACCGCGUAUUCAUGUGAUUAUACACUCGAGAUUUGCAUCUACAAAAAACUUUCAACAUUGUCCAUUGUCAUGUGAAAUUUCAAUGUUUUUUAAAGCUAAUAUUUGAAUCAAUGAUCCCCGUUUAUCCAGCUUUAUUCUCAACCUCUCUAGACAACUCAGUAGAUCGUGUCAUUCACGAGUCUGUUGCCCUGAAUCGUUCCCAUGACCGUCGUUUAUGAAAUUCAUGGCCAAGGCUUCAAGAAACUUAUAUUUCCCUUGGACAUUUUUGUUUAAGGACAACGCCAGAGAAGCAAUUGGCGAGUUUAUUAACCAACUGUGGAUGGUGUUUAAGAAAAAGGAAUAUGUUGUUUGUUUGUUUGUUUGUUUGUUUGUUUGUUUGUUUGUUUUGUUUUGUUUUGUUUUGUUUGAUUUUAUCAGUUAAUCAUGCAAUACCAAUUACUCUGUCCCAGGAGCUACGUAUUUCAUGCAAGAGUUGAAAAAAUGUGUCCUGGUGUCGUUGGGUAUACCACCAGAAACUGGUAUGUUCUUUGUUAAUUUUGUCAAAUAAAAUGUUUUAUAUGGGUAGGUGGGUCGGAAAGACAUUUUAUUUUAAAAAAAUAUUUGAUCUCAAGUGUGCAAUAAAUAUAAGUUGUUUAUGAGUAGUUAACUGUCACGCAUGAUCAAACGUGGCACGCAGGAUGCCAGGAUCACCCGCAAGUUACAUGUGUUUCGCAAGAAAGAAACGCAUGAAGUCUUUUUUCAGCCGUAGCUGCCCUGUCAGAAUAAUGUACGUUUUUAAUAUUUUAUUCAGCUGUUCUUUGUAUAAAACUAUGAUUAACAGAUAAUGAUUAAAUUAUAAGCAAACAAAAUAAUUUGUAGACAAAUGACAGGGUUCGUAGCGGUCUUUGAAAUCCUUGAAAGUCUUUAAAUUGGAAUGCAGGUCUUUGAGGUCUUUGAAAAGUCUUUACAUUGUGUGAAAAAGCGAAGAAAGUCUUUAAAAGUCUUUAAAUUCUUUAGUGAGGAAUUGAUUAUACGAUUUCCUAGCUAAUAAAAUAGAUUGAUUGAAUCAAGAUUUUCGCAAAUAUUGACGAAAAUGCGCAUUUUAGGAUGUGAUUUGAAGGGACUAAUUACUGGUUAAAAAUGGUGCUUACACUCGCAAGUUUUCGACAGCUGAUUGCUCCCAAAGGUCUUUGAAAAUUCUUUGAAAAUAGGCAGAAAAAAUCUUUGAAAGUCUUUGAAUUUUUUUUGGUCUUGGAAACUACGAACCCUGAAUGAGUCUGAUGACUAUUUAUAUAUUCUGCUAUUUACGAAAAGAUGAUCUCUACUGGGAAAUGUCAAUAAAAUGUUUAUGGUCGAUCAUAUUUUUGACAGGUCGGGUCUUGCAACUACCUGUGGCUGAGGUGUUAUUAAUCAUAUACUUGCAACAUUAAAAAUCUGUAUAUUUCAGAAUGAUGUUGACAACAUAUUCUACUUGGCAUCAGAUGAAGAAUUGAAGAAAUGUAAACUGAGUGAUGGACAAGUUCCUAUAGUAUCUACGUAAAAGUUAUGUCAGGAUAUUAAGAAGUUUCGUAAUUGUUUUCUUCAAGGUUCCUGUGUCAGAUUCCCGCAGCACGUAUUGUAAUAAAUCCUGGAAUGAAUUCUUCGCAAGAACUGGAAUCCGCGCAAACGAAUUAUGGGGACCGGACUUGGUAAGACUAACGAUGCCAUUUGGAUAACCCGGUGAAACUUGAUGAAAGUCACUAGUGUUUUCAUCAAAUAUCUUAAUUACGCAUGCCAAAUUACUUGAGUAGAAUUCCUAAUUACACACUCAAAAACAAUGUAUGAAAACACGUGUUUUCAUACAUUGUUUUCUCGUGUUUGGAUAUCCCGGUGAAACACUCGCUCUCGUUGUUCAUAUAUUACGUCCUGUGCAUUUAGUUGGCGUUCUUCCUGGCGACUUUCUUUGAAAGAAAUUCUUGACGCUAUCGAUGUUUCUGCUGAGUUUGAGUGGCAAAGGUAAAAGGACUUAGAAUUACUUUGCUAUUAUGUUGUAGCUAAUUCGUGUACGCGAACGUAUAACUGCUGCUUGACCAGCAUCUACUGCACGAUGGUGCUUGACCAGCAUCUACUGCCGCUCAGCAUCUACUGCUUGACCAGCAUCUACUGCACGAUGGUGCUGACCAGCAUCUACUGCUGCUUGACCAGCAUAUACUGCUGCUUGACAGCAUCUACUGCUGCUUGACCAGAUUCCCCUAGGGAGAACAGUGUAGAACUGAUGUAACUAUCCAAUAUAAAUAAAGUUAAAAUACUCAUUAAUAGUUCAUAAACCUUGUGGCAAAUCAUGUUAGCCAUAAUAUGUCACGUGGAGUGACUUUAUAUCUGAUAAAACUCAUCUUCAUUAGUAUUCUUUAUAUAAUUGUUCAUCCUAAUUAGUAUGAUUAUAUAAUUGUUCAUCCUAAUCAGUAUUCUUUUGUUGCCGUAAUUUAAGCUAUUCAAAAGACUCGUUGUCGUGUUUUAUCAGACAUAAAAGAUAAAACGCUCGGCUGCGCCUCGCGUUUUAUAUCUGAUUCAUUUUCUUCGUAAUUCUGUAUUGACCCUAUGUCAUAUUUUCAAAUAGGGUAAGCGAAGCGAAGAACUCUAUAAACUGGAGUUGGACGAAGAAGGACUGACUAACAGUUAACCUCUUCUUCUAGCUUCUUCUCGAUAUUGUUGAAAAUCUUCUAAAUAGCACUGUCACAUCAUGGAAUGUUUUAAAACAGGUAAGCUUGGCUAUUUAUGUAUCUAUAUUUUUGCGAUAUUGACAACUCUAAAUGUUUGCUUGUUUGUUUAUAUUAUUUUGUUUGUUUGUUUGUUUGUUUGUUUGUUUGUUUGUUUGUUUGUUUGUUUUACAGUACAAGAGUCCUGAGUUAUUGCUGAAGUACGUGGAACAAGCAGCCACAGCUCUUGGGGAAAGUUUGGAAGCAAACGAUUCCCUAAGUUUGAAUUCUAGCAAUUUUGGUGAGUGAAGUAUUUUGAGUGAGUGAGUGAGUCAAUCGGUUCAUUUUCUGUUAUAAGGCGCUAUUCUAUAUUAUAUAGGUUUACGGAUUGAACGCGUGGAUCCUAUUCAAUUUUUUUCUAAUUAGCUUUGCAACAUGCUUAUCAAGCUUGUUACAACUUUGUAUGUAACAAGCUUGUUGACAACAAGACAAAUCAACAACCUCACUACAAGUCCGUCAACAAACCGUUACAAAUCUGUGUCAAGAAGCUGGGAACAAGCAGUGCGAACACGUCCUGUUGAGAAGUUGUUGGAACAGCAUUGCUACACGUCUGCUGCAGAUUUGUUACAACUUGUGCGUUUUUACGUGCGUACUCACUCUUUCGUAUUAUCCAAGACUGAAUCGAUAAUGCACAAGCAGGAUAAAAUUUAAAGUGCUUUGAUAGAAGUUAUUGCGCAUGCGUUCAGAUUUGCCUGUGAUAAUCAAUACAAGACACAGGAUUCAGGGCAUAAUUUUUUUCUGUUUUAUUUUUCAUGCAGAAACAGCAGUUGUGUUUCAGUACAUUUUCACAAUCUUCAAUUCUUUUCAGGUCAGUCAUUAUUCCGUCUUUACUCACCGUCCACCAGGCUUUGAAGGCUUUCUAGGAAUUUACUGCUAUAUCAGCCAACGCUAAACAGACCUUCUUUAAUGUCCAAUAAGGACCAUCUGUUAUCCGGCUAGUGUCUGCGGAAUUUUGCCUCAUAGCGCUCGUGUAAGGAAGAAAAAACUUUAAAAAUCUUAUGUUUUGUCAGGUGUGUUGAAGAUUACCACAAACUGACAGAAACACAGUUUUUAAUCCAGUCCCCCUCGGCAAUCUGACGACUGACGUCCAUGUCACAGAAUAAGAAGGUAUAGCAGAAGCGUAACUCUAGUCGUUUCCCUUAUUGUUUUACGUCCACGAAAAUUUUAACUCGCUCACGCCAAUCCACGUCAUCCUGGCUAGUACAACCGGACGUUUUUAUCAGGUUUUGGUAGGUACAAAGUGCCGGUUGUACUAGCCAGGAUGGCGUGAUUGAUGACGAAUCGCUUGUAAAAACGCGGACAAAUACUUGCUUGAGUUACGCUUCUGCUAUACCUUCCUAUUCUGUGUCCAUGUUGACAAAAAAGUCGCUUGAGUACAUUAGUAAGAGAUGAGUGCCCCAAACAAGAAGCGCCUUUCCCAUUUCCAAGAUGAGACUCUGGGACGACCCUGGUCACGCACUAACCAGCGUAACCUAUCACAGUUCCAAUCAUAAAACGUUCUUGUUUUUAGGGUUUCUUCAUUUUCCAUUGCGUUUUCAACAAAGGUAGCGUAUUUAUAACUUUAUUGUUAAUCUGCUUUUUUGUGUUCUUUAUACCAGGACCAGAAAGGCAGCUUACAAACAAGCCGAAUAUCCAAUCCUUUCGUUAAGAAAAUUGACGUAAAAGACGUAAGAGCAUUGCCAGAGCCGCCCAGGUUUGAAAUGAUGAAAGAACGUUUUUGAUUAUGACAAUAAAUUGUAAUCAAAUUGAAGACUUACAUAUGUGUAUAUAACAUUAGAUAAUUUAUUGUAUUUGUUCUAUUAUAUAUCACAAAAAUGCCAGAGUUAAGCAGAUUAUAUUGAGUUUCAACUUCCUCAACUUGGUUUGCCCAGUGAUGCAAAGACAUCACAAAAUAACCUAGCCACGAGAGGGAGUCUAGAGAGCAGAAAACAAAGUAUCCCUGGAAAAAUUUGAAAAAAAUCAUGAUUUCUAGCUUCGAAAAAAAGUUUUUUGAAGUUGUCAUUUCAAUGGAUUUGACCUGUCCGAUUGUGUGUUGAAACUUGAGAGAGUUAAAGUUAAAUGAACCUGUAAAAGUGUAAACCCAAUAGGCCAAUACACAAUAUGCUUUUACUUUUAUAAAGUCAUUGACAUUGUGUCGUUUGAAUCCGAGUACAAUUUAUGAUGCAACUCCGAUGUAAAUAAUAUUUGGGGCGUAAAGAUUAAAUCUAGGCAAGUCCAUUUCCUAAAAGAAUUAAAAACUAAAAAUAAUGUUGUAAAAAUUCCAAACGUUCCUUGCAAGCAAGCUAUUUGCAUGACAAAGCACUGCAUGCUCUAUUCAGGGAAGAUAAUAGAAUUCAAAACUUUACAAUUGCUCCAAUAAACCAGUGAAUGCAAGCGAGUCUUUUUCUAUUUGAGUGUACUCCUACGUUUAUUUUGUAUCAUCACACUCUGCACGUUGGAGUGGACUAAAAUCUUAUUUUCAGAACUCUAAUUCAUUCUAUUCAGCACUCUUUGGAGUUGCAAACAACCCGUCUGUUGUCCAGAACUCGAAGAAUCAUCGAUGACAGUGACGACCUGAUUGAAGGCCCAUUGGAUAGAAUUGUUGAUCAGAAGUGA